AUCAGGAAUCAGGCAAAAUCUGUACUGGAAAAGGAGCUGUGACCCUUUGGGCAUCUCCAGCUUCUGAGAAGAGUCCCCGGGUUAGCCAUCCAAAGUCUACACAAGACAGCCAGCACCCCAAAAUUCAUUCAGCCGAACAGCAAGGAGAAACCAACACAGAUGGCUGGAGAAGACUUUCUGGUGUUGACUCAAAUCGGGAGAUUCUGUCUGUGAAGGAUUAUUGGAGUGUAAGACCAAACUUCGCAGAGAGCAAGCCACGCGCCGCCACCUCCUCUCCUACCACCUCAGUUCAAACUGAGAUUAUAACAGGGUCUUUCCAACAGAUUCAGCCAGGCAGAGAAGAAGCCAGGCCAAGCACCUCACCGGCGCCUCUCCGCCAUUUUGACCAAGGUUUAGAAAUUUCAAACGACGUGUCUCCUGGUUUCCUUCUGGCCCUUCCAACGCUAGAUGAUUUCAUUCCCCCUCACCUCCAGAAAAUUCCCAGUCACCAGUACCCAUUGUUUUCACCUCAGCCUGCACUACACACUCAGGCAAAGCUACCUUCACUCUCAUCACCACCUCCUCAACUGAUCCCUCCAGCCACAGAAACCUCAAGCAGCAUUUUGGAGACUGAAAGCACAGGAAUGGUCUUUCAAACAGAUACCUGCCCCCAGCCACAUGAAGCCUCCAAGCCCAGUAGUGGCCCUGCUGUCUCAAUGACGAUCAACAGAUCUUUGGGUGUUUACCCUUCUACCACGAUUGUUAACCCUACAAUUGUCCUUCUGCAGCACAACAGAGAGCAGCAAAAAAGGCUUAGUAGCCUUGCAGAUUCAGUGCCUGAUCCCCCAGUCGUUGAGAAAGUAGUUGGUGUUUCUCUUCGACCGAAGUUAAAUCCAAGCAAGGAAGAUGCAGUAGAGGAGCAGAAGCGAAUUGUGAACAAUUCUCAACCUAUGGAUGAUGAUUCUUUGGAUUCCAUAGGCAUUCCACUAAGAACCCUCCUGAAGAAAACCCUUAUUGCCCUACCUACAUAUUCCCUGAGCUUCCUGCUUUUCAACCCAAAAGCAAAGAACAAAAUCCUUAUUCUCCUACUUACCAGUUUCCUGUGUCUACUCCUAGCCCUAGAUCUGAAGAAAUGAGUCCUCGGGAUAUAAGCCCAGAAGAGAUAGAUUUAAAGAAUGAACCUUGGUAUAAAUUCUUUUCGGAAUUGGAGUUUGGGAAACCGCCUCCAAAAAAGAUAUGGGAUUAUACUCCUGGAGAUUGCUCUAUCCUUACUAGAGAGGAUAGAAAGGUUGAUCCAGGAAAAAACCACUGCCUCUAUCAUACUGAAUUAGAUGCAGAUAUAGGCAAAAUGGAGGAGCUUUAUAAAGCCCCAGAUCAAAAGCAACUGAAGAACGCAGCGAGCUCCCCACCGCCGGAAAGCCUUUCAGAGCAGUUGUCUCCUUACUGCCCAUUUUAUGCAAUUUUAUGGCAGAAACUUUUAGAGGACCAGAGACGGCUUAAACGUGAGCAAGAAGAGGCUGAUAUUGCAGCCAGAAGGCACACGGGGGUUAUUCCUACGCACCAUCAGUUUAUCACUAAUGAGCGCUUUGGGGACCUUCUAAUUAGAGACGAUACAAUCAAAAGGAAAUCUGGGGCAGAGAUGAGAGCUGCCAGAGUGAAGUUUGACUUCAAAGCCCAGACAUUAAAGGAACUCCCAUUACAGAAGGGCGAUAUUGUUUACAUUUAUAAGCCGAUUGAUCAGAACUGGUAUGAAGGCGAACACCAUGGCCGAGUGGGCAUCUUUCCGCAAUCUUACAUAGAGUUACUUAACCCAACAGAAAAAAUCCAAACUAAAAAAACGUCAUCCUUGCAAAUCUUGGAAUAUGGAAAUGCAAUUGCCAAAUUCAGUUUCAGUGGAGAUACUGCUGUGGAAAUGUCCUUCAGGAAGGGAGAAAGAAUCACACUGAUUCGACAAGUGGAUGAGAACUGGUAUGAAGGGAAAAUCCUUGGCACCAGUCGCCAGGGCAUCUUCCCUGGCUCUUAUGUGGACAUACUUAAGCACCCAGUGCUGAAAGACUCAUCAGGCUAUGCCUACCAGCCACCAAAUUGCAGCAUGGCUUUUCCAAAG